GAUGAUCCAUAUGCUGUUACUUACAGCAAAGAAGAUAAUUCAAUUCAUGGAUGGUUAGUUAACAUUGAAGAGAACGGACAACAACGACCCGAUGUGAAUGUGUAUUUUAAGCUUGAUGCUCCUUACGAUAUAAUUUCGCCUGUACUAUAUAAAAAAAUUUUGGUCUUUUAUUAUAAUAAUUAUUUUUUAAAGGUUAUCGAUUUAAGUGGCGAAGGUCAGUUUCUUCAACUAGAAUAUGAUUGGGGAAAUUCGGUGGGAUUUCUUCCUAAUGAUAAUUUAAUCGUUGUAUCAUCAGAAAGACACCACAUUUACAGGUACUCUUUUAUACAUAAGCCAUCAUACAAAACUCUUUGGAAAUGUUAUCAAGCGCAUGAUAUAAAACGUAUGUGUGGAAGGGAUGAAUGGUUUAUUUAUCAAACAAAGUUAUUUCAUAUUAAUUGUAAAGGUUUCGUGGCUCAAUGGAAUUUAUUGAAAAUGACUUUUGAAAUGCAAUACAAUUUAGUUGGUGAUGUAAAUAAUCAUUAUGAUCGUGGUCAUUAUGGUAUUAUGAUAAACAAAAAUCAAACAUUAUUGGCGUUAUACAAUAGAUAUAGUGGAAGUGUUGAUAUAUAUCUAAUGGAAACUGGAAUACAUGUUUCAAGAUAUGUCGCAGAAAAUUAUAUUCCAGUAGAGUUUGUAACUUCAAAAGAUGGUUCUGAAGGACUACUUAUUUUUAAUGAUGACUAUAGGCAAUACAGAUUUCUAGAUCCUUUUCAUCCUUCUGAAGAAGUUGAUAUUAGUACUUGCGUUAUUGAGAACCCUAAAAAUAUUUUAAUAACUAAAUCAAACAAAACAUUAUACAUUAAAGAGAAUAAUGUUUGGGUCACAGAUGGAUUGACUUUACCUACUUUACCGGCAAAUCUUGAAAAUUUUGAUAAUGAUUUCUCAAAAUUUGAUAAAGAGUUAAUUUUAAGUAUUAUAAAUGAUACAGUGGAAUUUUCAAAAUAUGGAUCAAAAAUAUUACAAAUGGCAAUUAAUGAAAUUUCAAGUGUUGGAAAUAGUAAUGAAAUGUGCAAGUACGCCAUUCAAUUAGUUUUUGAUAAAAUUAUUGAAUUAAUUGAAACAGAAAAUUACCAUUAUAUGGCAUUAUUGCCUAUUAUUAGUUUAAAAUUACCUGAAUUAUGUGAUCAUCAUUAUUCUAGUUUAGUAAUGAAAUAUAUCUUAUUUACAUCUAUUUUAUUAGAUCCCUAUUGUUUAUCUGUUAAAAAUUCAACAACUUCACUAUAUGCGUACUCAAAAAUGGCUUACUUUAAAACAAUGGCAGAAAGUUUAGUUUUAUUAUUAGUUUUAUUAUUUUUUGUUAUAUCUAUACCAUAUAUAAUACUUGCUAUAUUUACAUUAUUUAUAUGGUUUUUAUAUAAAAAAUUUAUCUUAAUUAGAGAAGAAACUCUAACAGUUAGCUUUAUUGUUCCUUUUCCUCAAAUUUGUAAAUAUCAAGACAAAGGCAAAGAUUAUAAUCCUUGGAAUGAAAUGUUAUGUAAACCAAAAUCUAUUCUUUUUUGUAAUAUAGAUAGCAAUAAUUUUUAUCAAUGGUGGAAUUUUGCUGCUAUUAUAGAUUUUAAAUGGAAAACCUUUGGAAUGCUUUAUUAUUUUUUGAUAUGGUUUUUUUAUACUAUUUUUUUCAUUUGUUUUGCAUUAGCUACUACAUUAGAUCAAAAUCUUAUUUCCAAUUUUAAUCGUAAGAUACUUUUUAUACUCUCAAUAUUACUUGGUCUUAUACAUUUAUCUUUUGAAAUUCGACAAUUUCUUUGGAAAUCAAGAAUUUAUGUUAGAGAUCCAUGGAAUUUAUUUGAUUUAGGAGCAUAUUCUUUACCUAUUAUAACAUCUAUAUAUUGGCUUAUUAAUGAAAAGCCACCCCUUUGGAUUAUAGCAUUUUCUAAUUUAUUAUUAAAUUUUAAAUUUAUGUUAUUUUUUCGAGUAUUUCAAUCAUUUGGAAAAUAUUUUGCCAUAAUAAUUGGUGUUGCUAAAGAGGUUUUCCCAUUCCUAAUAGUUUUAUUUUUAAUUAUAAUUGGAUUUGCUCAUGCAUUUUUCAUCCUUUUAAGGUCAAUUGAUCCGGAUCUUACUAAGUAUAAUUCUAUUAAUUCAAAUGGAGUAAUAAAUUCCGCUUAUACAUUAGUCCAAAUCCCUGACUCAAAUACAAAUAUGUUUAACAAGUUUUCUACCUCACUUUUGGCGAUGUAUUUAUUUCUUACAGGUGAUCCAGGAUCCUUAUCAUCAUGGUCCUAUGUUGAACAACCCACUAUGACAUUAUUAUUCUUUUUAUUUACAUUUUCUACUGUAAUUUAUCUUAUGAACUUAUUUAUUGGAUUGCUUAAUAUGGCGAUUGUGAAUUAUAACAAGCAUGAAGAAUUUUUACUUUUAAAAGCACAGAUUAUUAUGGAAAUUGAAUUAUUUUACAUGUCAUAUUCUCAAAGACGUCAUGAUAAAUGGUUUCCAGACUGGAUUUACUAUGAUAUGCCUGUUGAUGAAGUUCGUAAAUUAAUUAAUGCAAUUGAUGAUCACAGAACUGAAUUUCAUUCUCUACCAUUUAUCAGUAAAAGAUUAAGAGAAUUGGUAGGAAUUAUAGAGCCUACGGUCAAAGAUUAUCAUGAACUCAAACAAGCAAAUAGUGAACUUAAACAAGCAAAUAAUGAACUCAAACAACAAAUAAAAGACAUACAAGAAUUAUUGAAUAAUCUUGUUAAAAAUUUAAAUGCUAGCAAUAAAUAAUAAUUAUAUGUAAGAAAAAGCUUAGAUUAGUAAAUGAAUACUUUGAAUAGUAUGACGAAUGGUUG